GACGCUUCUUCAAACAACGGCAGCGAGUUAUUCACCUCGGUAGCUUUCUAGCCAACAUAGCAGAUCUUUAAAUGCUUUCGUUGUAUAUUAGCGACUGUGUUUUAAACACAGUUGUCGUAUCUACUAGCUAGUUACACCAUUUCAUUAAAUAUCUACGUUGUUUUUAGUCAGCUAGCUAGCUGGGUAAAUUAGCAGUGCUAGUCUUGUCACUAAUGCUAACUAGCUAACAUCCCAACCAUGAGUUCACUAAACGACUCCCCACCUUCUGAAGAGGAGAAAUGCUGGACGGAGAAAGAAACUCUGGGGCUGAACAUUGUCGUGAACGAGGAGAAGGAAGAAGAGGAUGUCACAGUAAAACAAGAAACAGAGAGUGAGGCUGUUACAGUGAAAGAAGAAGAGAAAGAAGUUAAAUUGACAGAAGAUGAAGACGCGUUCAGAGUGAAAGAGGAGGAUGUUACAGUAAAAGAAGAGGAGGAAGAGAAAGAGGAGAUGACUGUCACAGUGAAAGAAGAAGAGGAAGACAUUUUUGGAAUGAAGGAAGUGGGGGAGAUUACUGUCACAUUGGAAGAAGAAGAAGAAGAGACAGGAGAUCUGAUUAACAACAGAGAGAGACCAGACUCUCCAUCUGACAGCAGAAAGAGUCCUUCAGGGGAACCAGACCCUGAGACGCCCAAUCCAGCGAUGCAACACCACUGCUCCCAGUGUAAUAUGAGUUUUAAGUGGUUAUGGAAGCUGAAAGAGCAUGAAAGGAAACACACAGGAGAAAAGCACUUCCAAUGCUCCCAGUGUGGAAAUAGAUUCUCACGAUCACAUGACCUAAAAUCACAUGAGAGGACACACACAGGCGAAAAACCUCACAAUUGCUCACAGUGUGGAAAGCUUUUUUCCCAUUUAGGGAACCUGAACAAACAUAAGAGAAUACACUCUGGAGAGAAGCCUUACCCCUGUUCCCAUUGUGGAAAGAAUUUUAGGUUGUCGGGUAACCUGAAAACGCAUGAGAGGACACACACAGGGGAGAAACCUUACCAUUGCUCCCUGUGUGGUAAGGAUUUUACCAAGUUAGGGAACCUGAAAGAUCACGAGAAGAAACACACAGGAGAAAAGCCUUACCACUGCUCCAAUUGUGGAAAGAGAUUUUCAACAUCAUCAGACUUAAGAAAGCAUGAGAUGACGCACACCGGGGAGAAAUCGUACCAUUGCUCUCAGUGUGGAAAUAGUUUCUUACGAUCACAUGACCUGAGAGCACAUGAGCGGACACACACAGGGGAAAAACCACACAGUUGUUCCCAGUGUGGAAAGUGUUUUUUGCAUUUAGGGAGCCUGAACAAACACAAGAAAAUACACUCUGGAGAGAAGCCUUACCCCUGUUCCCAUUGUGGAAAAUUCUUUAGGUCGUUAGAUAACAUGAGGAGGCAUGAGAAGACACAUGCAGGGAAGAAGCUUUACCAUUGCACCUUGUGCGGAAAGAGAUAUUCACGAUCACAUGAUCUAAAAUCACAUAAAAGGAAACACACAGGGGAAGAAAACACGCAAUUACACACACAGGGGAAAAAUCACACAAUGGGUCCCAGUGUGGAAAGAAUCACACGCAGUUAGAGAACCGUUCCCAUUGUGGAACUAUAUUUUCCCAAUCACAUGACCUAAAUUCACAUCAAAUCUAACCAAGCUAUAUUUAUUCAGCACAUUUCAGACAUGGAGUGGAACACAAUGGGCUUCACAGGAGAAAACAAUGAAAACAAAAACUGAAAUAUUUACUACACAAGAAACAUAAGAGGAUAUAAAAAAACAAAAGAUUAACAAUAAAAACAUUUGUGCCCAGCUGUGGAUAAAACACUGCUAGCAUUUGUCUGCUCCAUUUGCAUGAUGGCUAGCAGCUAAUUGCUACUUAACACUGCUAGCAUUUAUCUGCUCCAUUUUCAUGAUGGCGAGCAGCUAAUUGCUACUUAACACUGCUAGCAUGUGUCUGCUCCAUUUUCAUGAUGGCUAACAGCUAAUUGCUACUUAACACUGCUAGCAUUUGUCUGCUCCGUUUUCAUGAUGGUUAGCAGCUAAUUGCUACUUAACACUGCUAGCAUGUGUCUGCUCCAUUUUCAUGAUGGUUAGCAGCUAAUUGCUACUUAACACUGCUAGCAUUUGUCUGCUCCAUUUUCAUGAUGGUUAGCAGCUAAUUGCUACUUAACACUGCUAGCAUGUGUCUGCUCCAUUUUCAUGAUGGUUAGCAGCUAAUUGCUACUUAACAGGAAUCCAGGACUUGCGGUGUCAGCCAUAAAGGCUGACUACAUUGCGGAACCAGUAGCAAUUGUUUUUUUGUUUUUUUUGUUUUUUUUUCUUGUGGAGUAUUACAACAUACAAUCUACCUGCAGUGAAGCCGUUCAACAUUUACAUUACAUUCAGUCAUCUAGCAGACUCCCGUCCGGAGUGACCCACACGAGCAACCAGGCUCAAGCGUCCCGCCCAAAGGGAUGUCGACAGAUCUCCCAACAAGUCAAAUCGAGGACUCAAACCAUUUAUAUAUAUUUUGUGAAAUGAAUACCAAGUAUGUCCACUUCACCAUCAGCCCAUUUUACAGGUAAACUACAGGAUCAUGUAAAAGCUGUUUUUUGUAAAGGUCCAAUACGUAAUAUUGUAGACUUGUCAUAAUUAGGAGUCCAGAAAAGUUAUCUUCAAUGAGACAGUGAGACAACGUGAGUCAUCGGCACCUUUUUGUUUUUUAAGCCUUGGAUUUCUAAUCCUCUAAUGUUGUUGUUAGUUUGGCUCCUCCCCCUCCCCUCUCGCCCAUUCAUUGUACUGUUGUUGUUAGUUUGGCUCCUCCCCCUCCCCUCUCGCCCAUUCAUUGUACUGUUGUUGUUGUUAGUUUGGCUCCUCCCCCUCCCCUCUCGCCCAGUCAUUGUACUGUUGUUGUUAGUUUGGCUCCUCCCCCUCCCCUCUCGCCCAUUCAUUGUACUGUUGUUGUUGUU